AUGGUUAACUUUCAUCUGUCGACGACAAAGGAGACCGAUUUCCUCUACACAACAACAACAGAGGAAGAGGUCAUCCGCGUUAUCGAAGAUUGUGUAGCUAUCCAUAAUGCAAUCAUCAAAAUCCGUGAAAUUGUUUCCAAGCUUAAGGAUUUAAUCAAGCUUGGCCCAAUGGGAGAGAACAACGAGCGUGCUAAUCCACCAGAGAAGAAGGAAAUUCUUGAACGCGCCAUCGCUGAUGCCGAAGCUGCAAUUGAUCCAGAAUUAGUCAAGAAGAAAGUCGCUCUCACUGUCGAAGGCGUCACAGAAGAGCUUGCACGUCUUUCUGGUGCAGUUACAAUCGUUUAUCCAGAAGGAUUACCAAAGACUGAUCCAGUUCGCAAGAUUAUGGAUGGCGAACCAGUCAAAUACGAACUUGAUCCAAAGCUUGUCCAGUUUUGGGUUACACGCAAGUCAUAUCAACGCGGAAAACACAUUUUCGACUACACAGGAAAGAAUGAACGCCAAACAUUCGUUGCCAAGUUUACAGGUCCAGAAUCUGGCCCGCCACCACGCGAUAUGACAAUGGAUAAGGAGGCCCAGAUCCGUCUCAUGUCUCAAAUGCAUCGUAAAGCUGAGGAAUUAAAGAGAAUCGAAAACGACGAUGAUACAUCUUACCUCGAUUCACAGUGGGCUAAUCCACGUGGCCUCAAGAACACAUUCCAAGGCUUAGAAGAUGUCGACUGGAAGCCGAAAUAA